AUGGUCACUCACGGUGACAGGAGAACUGUUGCCAGAGAGGGCAACCAGGGAGUGGGCAGUGCCUGUGAUGCUGAAUUAACCCCAGUGCUUACAGCAAACCCUGAUCACCAUGUGUACGUAACAGGAGAAUCGGUUACACUGACGUGCAAUGUUCCUGGUGAAGAAACACAACACAACUUUACAUUUUUUAAGGACAAAACCAUGUGUGUUUCACAAAACAGCUCAACUCUUCACAUACCGAGGCUUGAUUCCUCUUAUGUGGCAAUUUACACAUGUGAAUACUGGCACUCAGAAUCCAGUUCUCCAAAAAGUAACCAGAGAGCAAUCCAUGUUCAUGACCGUCCUCCAGCGCCAUUCAUUUCAAUGAGCCAGCUAUAUAUGGGUGGGAAGCGCAUAUAUCUGAAUUGUUCUGCUGCAGGUGGCUCUGGUAGGAGACAAGUUACAUUUUACAGGAAUGAACAGAAAAUCCUUUCAGCAGAUUCCUUUCCAGAAAUCAUCAUCAAUGAAAUAGUUAUCUCUGUACAAGCGAUUAGUGGCAAAUUUUCCUGUGAUUAUCGCAUAGAAAAACUUGGAAGAUGGAUUCACUCACUGAUUAGUGGAAAUGUGAGCAUACCAGAUUCCAUAACAGGGAUACCAACCUUAAUUACUCGUAUCUCCCAGACGUCCGAACAUCAAACAGGCUAUGAUGUAGACAUAAAGACAUCACCAACAACCUCCACAUCUACAGCAGACUAUACAGCCAUGGACUACAUUGCUAUGGCUUCUACUUUCUCAACAACACAUCAAGGCACAAAUUUUGAAGGAAAACAGAUAUCACCAGCAUCUCACACAUCUACAGCAAUAGUUCCAUCUAUUUCUCAGCACUAUGCAAUGUCACAAUGGACAACCGACAACAACUGGAUGAAUUCUUCCUCCAGUAAUAAUGAUCUGACACCAACAUGGAUAUAUUACUCCGUUGGCGGCAGCCUAGUCUUUGUGUCAUUGUGUGUUCUAAUGGCCAUUCUCCUGCUCAGGUCUUGGUGUGCAAGGAAGGGUACAGGAAUGAAAAGGAAAGGCAUGAGAGGAUCCCUGUGGAUGAAAUCUAACACCCGUGACUCUGGAAAAUCAGUGACUACAUCUCCACCGGUGCAGAUACCAAUGAUUGUGCAGGAGAAAGAAGAGCUACAUCUAUAUACAGAAAUUAAUCUGUGUCCAGUCUUAGGGAAACCAUCACCUGCACCAAAACUUUCAACAAGCAUGGGUUCUUUGGUUUAUUGCUUAGAUUCCGGUGCAGAUACCUACACCCAAGCGCAGGCAAUUGAUGCUCUCUCUCCUGUAUAUUAUGCAUCAGUGCCACAAUGAUGAUGACUAUCUGCAAGAUAAAUACAGUAACUAUAUACAGUUACAAUGGAGCCAGGAGCAAAAAUAUUUUAUAAUGUGUAUAUUAAGAAUCGGGAUCCAACAAGUCCACUGAUCAGUUUGAAAAGGAGACAAAGUAAAAUAAUCUUCAGGAACAUUUUGAUUUGGGCAAAUUUUUUAUGAUUGCGCAAACUAAAUUUAAUUUGAUUCCAGGGUUUCUUUGUUUUCAGGAA